AUGCCACGUAAGCUACGUAAGAAUAUACGUAAGAGGAAGGGAGCAUUGAAACAUCCAAUAGUAAAACUGACACCACAACAACAGUUGCAACAACAAAUGCUGAAUGACCCCACUAUGUUGCAACAAAUGUCAAGCAACCCUAUGCUUUUAAACCGAGUUAUUGGUGCACAGAGUGGAGGUUUAAGAGCGGCACUUUUAGCGAAAAUGGCAGGCUAUGGUGGAGCUGCAGACGGAACAGCUUAUAACCCUCAAAGUCAAAUGAAUUUGAGUUCACUCAAAAAUCAAAUAACAGAUGUCAAAAAGUCAAACAUAGACAUACAGAAACAAAUAAGUGAAAACGAAAAGAAACUAGAAUAUGACAGACACACAAAGAAACUCAAUGAGUUAAACGUAGAGAAAAAGAAGAAAGAAGAACAACUGAAAGAACUAAGUACAGAGGAAUAUGCGAAAAAAGUGUCAGAAAAAGCAGCAGAAGUAGCAAAAAUGGAACAAGAUGUUAUAAAUUUGAAAAACCAUACUACUCAAUAUAAAGUACUGAAAGAUGAAGAAAUAAAACAAAAAGCCCUGAAGACAUAUAUGGAUAGCGAUGAGUAUAAAAAAGAAGUUGAAGCAAAUGUAAAGGCAGAAAAACUUUUACAGUUGCAAAACCAAACCGUACAGUAUGAAAACUUAGCACAAGAAAGUAAAAAUAACGACGCAGCCAUGCAAAAGGCAAUGAAAAGCGCAGAAUAUAUAAAAGCUAAUAAUGACUGGUUAGACGCCCAAGCCAACGCUAAAGCAGCCCAACUUAUAGGGUCAAUAAGGACAAAAAUACAAGCGGAUGAAGACAGUUCAAAUGAAGCUUUAACGAAUGCUGACUUUAAGAACGCCUUCGAAGCUCUUCAUAGUAAGGUGAAACUAGUGAACGACUUCUCAUCUGGAAAGAAACUGAAGUCUGAAGGUUUCGACAAAGAGUUAAAAGAAGUAGCACAAAAUAUGACGAAAAUAACAGAUGCAGCAACGAGACAGGCAGUUCAAAGUGCCCAUGACGCCGUUAGAACAGCUGUUGUGGAAAGUCAAGAAAAAGAGUUACAACAGACCAAAA